AUGGAUGGCAAGUCGAAGAGGACGUCUGCACCGGCGCCUAUGGAGAUUCCACCGCAGCAGCCUCUUCCCAUCCCGCCACAUGGACUCGGCACCUGGUUUCCAACACCACCUACGCAGUCCUCAACGUCCUCUGCACCAUGGUGGCAUGCCGGACAUCAGCAACUAGGCUUGGCGGGUUCCAUGCCUCAAGGCUCGUCGUGGAUGCUGCCUCCCUCCAUAUCUUCUCAGCAUGUGGCUGAGAACGAUGAUGAAUCUGAAGUGCAGGCAUGGGGACCAAAUCUUUACCCUCUUGGUGGUUUCAUGAGUUUUAUGAAUAGCACAAAAAGCCCUAGAGGCUUAGUGAGCAAUGGGAGUAAAUCGCAAGCAAUCAAUCUUAUUGAUGAUGAAGAUGAUGGCAAGUGUGUUCAAAUGAUCCUAUCCAAAUUCAACUACGGGAAAAAUGAUCAAUAUUGGAAAAGUGUUGCUGAUAUCUACAAUAGCACCACCCCAAAAGACCGAGCAAGGCAAGUCAAGCAAAUUAAAGAUCACUUUCUAAGAAUUAAGAAAAUGGUUCAAUGGUUUUGUGGUAGCUGGAAAGAGGCCAACACUCUAUGGGCUAGUGGUGAAUCGGAUGCAGAUAUUGAGGCUAAGGUAAUGAAAUCUUAUGAAGAAGAGCACAAAAAAGAUGGCCCAUUUACGUUUAAGCAUUGCUGGGAGGUUCUUCGAAAGGAACCAAAAUGGGAAGCCUAUUUGGAACGCCUAGAAGACCUCGAGCCGGACAAAAGAAAGUUCUGUGAAGAGGAUGAUGUGGGGAAAUGUUUCUCUCUAGAUGAUGAUGCUGAUGAGCGGCCAAUGGGAAGCAAGCAAGCUAAGGAGCAGCGCAAGAAGAAGAAAAAGGGCCAGCCAUGUAUAAUAGAUCUUGAAGAUGAGCUUAACAACUUUUUGGAUGCUCAGAAAACAGCAAAUGAAGGGCACAAAGAGAUGUUAGAGACGCAAAGGCGUGUGUCUAGUGAGAAUCUUGAAGCUCGGAAGCUUGCGCACCUUGCAGCAAAAGAGCACAAGGAGUCAGUCAUUCUAGAAACAUAUCGAGCGCUAUUGAUGAAAGAGACAACAAGUAUGCCUGAAGAUGUGAGAUCUGAGCAUGUGUUGGCACCGAAGUGUUUGAGGGAGAAGCUAUUUAACAAAAAUGACUAA